AUGACCCGCUAUCAAUUCUUGUCACUGGCUACCAAACCAUCUGCUCAGCUCUGCUACUGCUUCCAUCCAGCAGUUAGCACAGCCAAGCCUGCGUUAGUCGUGUUUGUCAAUGGCCUUGGACUGCCACAGACUUCAUGGGAGGGUGUCAUUGCGCGCCUGCAGGCACAGCCUCCCUCCCCCGGCCUGCCCGCCAUGUUGACCUAUGACCGGUAUGGCCAGGGCCAGACAACUGACCGUGACCCUGGCGACAUCACCGCCGAGGACCCCAUGCACGGCCAUGAUACUUUGACAGUAGUCCGGGACCUACACCAAUUGCUCACACAUGUCGCAUCGGAUAGGAUGGAUAUAUCCGAUCCUAGCCGUCUUCCGCUCGUGUUGGUCUCCAACUCAAUUGGCGGCGCGAUAGUACGGCUCUAUGCUCAAGAAUAUCCCGGUACAGUGGCGGGUCUUCUUUUCCUCGACAGUGUGCUGGCAAAUUCCGACUUUGUCUCCAUCUAUCCAGACCCAGAUGCGCCUGGUUUCAAUCCGACCAGCUUGCUAGAAGGGGUGACGGUAGAUGCUAUCCGUGAUGCUCGGGCGUAUAUGCAACGGGUAUUUCACCCCAGCAAUGGAAGCCGCGAGGGACUCAGUCGAAGGAACCUGGCGCAGCUCUUACCAGAAAGUGAUGGACCCAAGUUGCAGGGUCCGGACGGCUGCGGUCCCUGGGUUACUGUCGUCGGCCAUGAGUUCGAGGCGUUCAAGUUUGAAUUUGAGCAGAUGGGUGGAGCCCCUCCAAGGCUUACGGAAGUUUACAUGAAUCCUUACUGGCAUCGUUUCAACCAAGGAUUAGCCAAGCUUACCGAGCCGGAUCGCAGCAAGGGCCCUCUCCUGGCUCCGGGGGCCGGCCAUUUUGUCCACAGAGACAACCCGGAGCUAGUCUCUAACGAACUACGCGAUAUUCUUGACAAGAUCCUUUGA